UCUCGCGGUGUUUUUACCCACGAGCGGGCGCGAACCGGGACGUGUUCCUAGCCGGCGGCGUCUCGUCUCCUUGUUGCCGGCUCGUCUUUAAUUCCCGGGACCUCCGGGCCCAGCAGCAUGACGUCUGCCUUGGAGAACUACAUCAACCGAACUGUUGCUGUUAUCACUUCUGAUGGGAGAAUGAUUGUGGGAACACUAAAAGGUUUUGACCAGACCAUUAAUUUGAUUUUGGACGAAAGCCACGAGAGGGUAUUCAGUUCUUCGCAAGGAGUCGAACAAGUCGUAUUAGGAUUAUACAUUGUGAGAGGUGACAACGUAGCGGUCAUUGGAGAAAUUGACGAGGAGACGGACUCUGCGCUCGACCUGGGGAACAUCCGAGCAGAGCCUCUGAACUCCGUCGCACACUGAAGACUCAGACUGCUUAGAUGUCUGUAAAUCCUGUACAGAAACUGCUUGUCCUGAAGAUGAUGUUGAGAUUUUUUUUAUGAGUGUGUAAUUGUGGAUUUUGACUUUGUGUUGGUUCAUUGUAAUAUGUAAAUUUAAAUAUUUCUACAUUUUUAUUGGGAAACAUUGCCUAAAUUAAUAAAUGUAUUUGCCUAGUUUAUUUUUCUACUAAAUGAUAUAAAACUCUUAAGGAUCAUUUUGAAAACUUUGCAAAUACCAUUGCUUUUGGUAAUUUAAUAUUUAUGGAAAUUGGCUGUAAAAAGAACUUGGGCUAUUAUUAUAACUUAUACAUGCAAAUAAUAGUAAUAAAAUAGACACAUUUCUUACCUUUUUUUUUUCUUAAUAACUAGACAAUAAAUUGUCUUCUACAAA